AUGGACCGGCCUGGGUUCACAGCCUCGCUGGUGGCUGGCGGAAUAGCAGGUGUCUCUGUCGACUUGAUAUUAUUCCCUCUGGAUACCAUUAAGACCAGGCUGCAGAGUCCCCAGGGCUUUUCUAAGGCCGGCGGUUUUUGUGGAGUGUACGCUGGAGUUCCUUCUGCUGCUGUUGGAUCUUUUCCUAAUGCUGCUGCCUUUUUUGUCACCUAUGAAUAUGUGAAAUGGAUUUUGCACACUGACUCUUCUUCACAUUUGAUGCCUGUGACACAUAUGUUGGCUGCCUCGGCUGGAGAAGUGGUUGCCUGCCUGAUUCGAGUUCCUUCUGAAGUAGUUAAGCAGAGGGCACAAGUAUCUGCUUCUUCAGGAACAUUUCACAUUUUCUCUAACAUCUUAUGUCAAGAGGGCAUCCAAGGAUUGUAUCGAGGCUACAAAAGCACAGUUUUAAGAGAGAUUCCUUUCUCAUUGGUCCAGUUUCCCUUGUGGGAGUCCUUAAAAGCCCUCUGGUCCUGGCGGCAAGAUCAUGUGGUGAAUUCUUGGCAGUCAGCAGUCUGUGGAGCUUUUGCAGGUGGCUUUGCAGCUGCAGUCACCACGCCUCUGGACGUGGCCAAAACAAGAAUCAUGUUGGCAAAGGCUGGUUCCAGCACCGCAAGUGGGAACAUCCUCUCUGCCCUGCACGCGGUUUGGCGGACACAGGGGCUGUCGGGAUUAUUUGCAGGUGUCUUCCCUCGAAUGGCAGCCAUCAGUCUGGGGGGUUUCAUCUUUCUUGGUGCUUAUGACCAAACACACAGCUUUCUGUCGGAACUUGGCAGAGAGAGCCCCUGA